UCUGUCAUGGAGAGAAGUAGCAGAGCGGAUGAAAAGAAAAUAGGAGGAGCGAAAGUCGCAAGCCUCUUGCUAGUGAAUCAAGCACUAGCUACACUAGCCUUCUUUGGAGUGGGAGUGAACUUGGUUCUGUUCCUAACCAGAGUUCUUGGACAAGACAAUGUGAGUGCUGCUAAUAAUGUCAGUAAGUGGAUAGGAACUGUUUACAUGUUCUCAUUGAUCGGAGCAUUUCUGAGUGAUUCAUAUUGGGGACGAUACUUAACCUGCACGGUGUUUCAGCUUGUUUUCGUUUUGGUAUUCUACUCUUAGUCUUUUAUUUUGACAUUUUUAUAAACAACGCUAUCAACUCUUUUACCAUCUGAAUUUUUUAAUUCAACAGAGCACUUGCUAUUUUCAAUACCAAAUAAAGAAAUUGUGAGCAUCAUUAAACACAAUGAAGAAGUUCAAUUCACUUUAUCUUUUUCUUUUAUUCACAUAAAAUAGCCAACAGA